UAUUGGGCCUUAAAAUAACGGGCCUAAGUUAACAAGUGAUGCAAAACUCAGCCUAAAUACAAAUAAAGUCAUCUUCAUCUCCAAAACCCUAAUCAGCAGCUUCUGUCAGUUCGUAUUGGAUUUUUCGCAUUGUAUUUAGCUAUGGCUCCAGCUAAAGUGGACUUAACAAAAAAGAAAGACCCCAAAGCCCAGGCUGUCAAGGCUGCCAAGGCUGUUAAGUCUGGAUCAACCUUUAAGAAGAAGUCAAGUAAGAUAAGGACAAAAGUUACUUUCCAUCGACCUAAGACAUUGAAGAAGGAUAGGAAUCCCAAGUACCCUCGCAUUAGUGCACCUGGAAGGAACAGACUUGAUCAGUACCAGGUUCUAAAAUGUCCUCUUACGACCGAGUCUGCAAUGAAGAAGAUUGAGGACAACAAUACCCUUGUUUUCAUUGUUGACAUUCAUGCUGACAAGAAGAAGAUAAAAGAUGCAGUGAAGAAAAUGUAUGACAUCCAGAUAAAGAAAGUCAAUACCUUGAUCAGGCCUGAUGGGACAAAGAAGGCUUAUGUGAGGUUGACACCCGACUAUGAUGCUUUGGAUGUGGCCAACAAAAUUGGAAUUAUCUAAAUCGAUUACCUAGUUUUGAAUAUUUCUCAGUCUUGAGUCUUUAUAUGAGUUCUAUGGAAACUUUUGAACGGAAGUUCCUUGGUAUAUUCAUUUUGAAUAUUGAGUUUCAGCUAUGUACUUUGUUCCAUAUAGUCAGGCAAGCUUCUUUUCACAUAUUUAUUUUAAGCAUUUUAACUUCAA